UACAAGUCUUACUCUUGCUAUGCGAUAUCGCAGCGAACUGUUUAGAUACGGAACAUGCCUCGACAGAUACCAUGUAUAUAGUAAUCCGAUAAUUUCAUGUGUUGUUUGGCAGUAUUUAAGCACUGGGAUUUCAAUACAAAAUGCUAUUUCACGAUGGGGCAUAUAUGGAAGGACGCGAAAAUGACAGUGACGACGAACGGAGAUCUGAGGAUGAGGCAAAUGGAGAGGCGGAUGACAGGGAUGGCCGCUUUGUGGAGAGUCAGGAACAUCCGGAAUUCAUGCAGAGCCGUGAAAUUAAGAACCUGAAGCCUUACUACAGCGGCAGCACGCUGGAUGACCGCAACGCCGAGAUGCGGAAGUCGAUAUACUACAUUCGGCAAAAUUGGGACGAGUACUCCACAUUUACAGAAUUGCUUAAGAAUUUAUUUCUGAACUAUGGUGGCCAUUUCGAGUUUGAAGAUAAAGCUACCAAGGAUGAUUUUGAGAAUUUAAUGUGUAAAAAGCGCACGUGGCUAUGCGAGGAUGAUUUAUUGGAGAAGAGGGAAGUGACGUAUGAAGCGGUGCGUCUGUACACGUCUGACGAGGGAUACCGCCGCAUAUACCGAUUGUGUAACCACGUUUUCAGGGACGAAAACUGUCUUGUUUCCGUUGAGGAGAUAAGAGCGGUUGUGUUCUUGAUAGAGCUCAUAAGUAUUGACCUGUACAAUUAUUGCAUGGUACAUCCGGCUAGUAGAAACUUCCGAGGGACGGUGUGGCGGGGAUUGGUUCUCGGAGAGGAGGAUUUUUCCCUCUUCCGGACGCUUAGGAGCGCACCCUUACAAGACCGCAAUAUAGCAGUGCCGUUAGUGCUGUUUUCCGCCAGCUCAAAAUUAAGAAUUGCCCGGAAGUUUAUCAAGCAUCGAAUGAAGGAGGCUGAAAAACAGGGGAAGCAGCUGCACCCAAUAGUGUACAAAAUCAACAUUAUAGGUCUUAAGUCGGACUUCAUCACACAUUUCAAAAAACGAUUCCCGAGACUCACGCUCACGACCAUAGGUGCUGUGGAUAUUCACGAGAUUUCCCGACAUCCGGGGGAACGGGAAGUGCUGUUACGCGGACCCUAUACUCUCAUUCUUGACGUGUUUGAAGACGCCGGAGACCUUGUUGGUCGGCCAUGCAGCGUUCUAGAGGCGCUUGUUAUCACAUCCAAUCGCGACCACAUUACCACCUCCGUUCCGGGACCGGAAGAUGACCUGGCGCGCAAAAUGUACGGUGCCAUGGUGACCGUGACGCGGGCGGAGUACUGUGUUGAAUAUUACCGGAAGAAGGGACUAGCCAAAGAUGAAGAGGAAUAUGAAAGCAUUUUAAGUGAAGGACAAAAGACUUUAGACUAUUUAUGGGAUAUAAGCGUUGAACAAUUUUCAAAGUAAUGUCUAAUGAUUUCUUCAACAAUUAAGCAACAUUAACAUUACUGAAUAACAAGAAACGUGUUUUCAUUUUAGAAAUUGUAAAAAGCGCUGUUACAAUCUGUAUAAAGCAUUAUCUCAUUGAAAAAAACACAACAUAUACCAACAAUGAAUUUCUCAAUAUUUAACUAAUUAAACUUUUCAUAUAUAUUAUGUAUGCAAAAAAGACACAGAGUACCAGUUGACCUAUGAUUCAUGAAAAGGAAACGCGUGAAAGAGCUCUCAUCUUUGAUAAAAAAUUCAUGAGAACAAAUGGCAUCUCUUGAAUAUCUGCACUAGUGCAUGUAUAUCUCCUGCACUACAACACUUACAAUCUUCUUAAUGUUAUUUUUCUUCUUGUUCCCGAUUCUUAACUAACGGAAACACUUUCUGAAACAUCACUCAAAACGUCCUUUUGAACAACACACAAAUAUUAUAUGAUACAAAACGAUGAUUAAAAUUACAAAAUGUAUAUAUAUACUUUACAUUAUGUAUGCGCUACAGGAUAGUUAUUGUGUUGUAUUGUACAUGUUUUAUGUUAUAGAUAUUGCAUAAUAAAAAAGU